GCUAUGGACGGACCACUUAAUGGACACUUAAGUGUUAGAGGUGGAAAAGGAUUCAUGUUUAAGGUCAAGGAUCUCAGAGCGGGCAUCGUGGUCUACCAUCACUCAGACAGCGACACCACCAGGGAUUACAUUGUCUUCCGAAUCACAGAUGGCCGCCACAGCAUCAGACACAAAUUUCCCAUCUAUGUUCUUCCGAAAGAUGACACCCCUCCUUUCCUAAUCAAUAACGUGGCCUUUGAGGUCCAAGAAGGCGGCAUGGUUAGGGUGGAGGAGUACAUGCUGAUGGCCUCAGACUUGGACUCCAGUGACGACUAUAUUCAGUAUCAGCUGAUUACUUUUCCCAGAGUAGGACAGCUGGUUAAGAAGUCCUCUCCACAGCAACCAGGUAUCCCAGUGAAGAGCUUCCUGCAGAGGGACCUGUUUCAAGGUCUAAUCUACUAUAAGCACUCAGGGGAGGAAGUGUUUGAGGACUCUUUUGAUUGCAUCCUCUCAGAUGUCCAUCAGCCUCCGAAUCUAUCGGACAGACAUACUGUGGUAAUCCACGUGUUUCCAGUGAAGGACCAGUUGCCUGAGGAAGUUUCCGGAACGGUUCGCUCCAUCACGGUUAAGGAAACAGAGGUUGUUUACAUCACUCAGAACCAUCUGCACUUCAGAGAUACAGAGCAUUUGGAGACUGACCUAUUGUAUGUGAUCACUCAUCCCUGCUUUAGCCCGGGAAACAUCAGGUUAUCAGAUGCAGGCAGGAUGUUUUAUACCGACAGCACAAACUCCAUGAAAAAAGAUGCAAUGGUUCCAGUGCUCAAGUCCUUUACUCAGCAUGCAGUGAAUCACCACAAAGUGGCUUACAUGCCUCCAAUAGAGGAUAUUGGCCCUGAGCCUCUCUUUGUGCAGUUUGUGUUUUCUGUGAGUGACCAGCAGGGCGGCGCUCUCACAGGACUCACCUUCAACAUCACAGUCACACCUGUUGACAACCAGGCCCCAGAAAUGUUCACUAACUUGCUGAGGGUCGAGGAAGGUGGCGGUAGUUUCCUGAUGGAGGAACACCUGCUGGUGCAGGAUGUGGACAGCUCAGAAGAUCAGCUCAGGAUACACGUGAAGACUCAUCCCCAACAUGGAAGACUGGAGCUGCAGGGCACGGCACUGCUAGAGGGAGACAGCUUCAGUUUGCAGGACCUCAAAGCAUUGAGGGUCAGAUACAUUCAUGAUGACUCUGAGACCCUGAAGGAUAGCAUUGGUCUUACUAUCACAGAUGGAAUCAACUCUGCACAUGGAACGCUUUUAGUUCAGAUCCUGCCCGUGAACGACGAACCCCCACAGUUAGGCUCCGACUUGAGGGCUGAACUGUCCUGCAAAGAGGGAGGUCAGGUCCAGAUUACGGUUGAGUACCUCUCUGCUACAGAUGUUGACAGCGAGGACACUCGGCUAACAUACAUGCUUGCCAGAACACCUGCACGUGGGGUGCUGCAGCGAAAUGGGGUCUCCGUGGACAAGUUCUCCCAGCUGGAUGUGCUCAAUGGACUCAUCUUCUACCUGCACACAGGUGGUGAGAUUGGACCCGAUCCUGUCUCGGACACUGUCACUCUCAUUGUGUCAGAUGGAGAGGCUGGAACAAUUGAUGGCUGCUGCCAAGAGGAUGCUCUCCCCCCACCCGUCCCCCUGCAUGGCACGCUUCCGGUCUAUGACCUCAACAUCACUGUGAUGCCUGUCAACAACCAGGUCCCAACCAUAACGCUGGGUACCAUGUUUGUGGUAGAUGAAGGUACCAGUGCAUGUCUGUGUGGGGGGGUGUUGGAGGCAACCGAUCCUGAUAGUCAUCCAGAUCAGCUCAUGUUUCACUUGGUGACCCCACCACAAUAUGGGUUCCUGGAGAACACCCUUCCAUCCCCUGGCUUUGAGAAAAGCAAUGCUGGACUCCGAGUGGUUUAUUUCAGCCAGCUCCACCUCAGUUCGGGUUUCAUCAACUAUGUCCAGUCAGUGCACCAGGGUGUAGAGCCUACAGCAGACUUCUUUACCAUCAGUGUCAGUGAUGGGAUUCAGAGAUCAGCACCAAUGCCCUUCUACGUCAUCAUCAACCCUACCAAUGAUGAGAUCCCAUCACUGCUGCUUAGCAACUUUACAGUCAUGGAGGGAGGGAUGAAAGACCUCAGUCCUGAUAUUCUAAACGCAGUGGACGUUGAUAUUCCAGCAGAUACUCUUACCAUGACCAUUCUGGUUCCCCCAGCCCAUGGCACACUGGUCAAUGGCAUAUAUGGUCUUGAGAUGAAUCGCUACAAAAACAUGAACCCUGAGGUCCUCCAACGAACCUUAGCAAUCCAGUCUUUCACCUUACAGGAGCUACAACAAGGAAUGAGGAUCAUGUAUAUGCACGACGACACCGAAACCCUCAAGGACGCUUUCACCAUACAGUUGACAGAUGGUGGGCACACAGUCCAGGGGACUGCGUGUGUCCGCAUCAUACCAGUCAAUGAUGAAAAGCCAUGGCUACUAAAAAAUGCAGGCAUUGAGGUCGAGGCCCUGGGGAAGAGAGUCAUCUCCAGUGUAGUGUUGGAGGCAGAGGAUCAUGACACUCCCAACGACCAUCUUCUCUACAACCUCAAUGCAGGUCCCAGAUUUGGCCUCCUUCAGCUCAAGACAGAAGCUGGAUGGAUUGAUCUGAUUCCAGGUCUGAAUUUCACCCAGGAGGAUGUGGAGAUGAAUCGCCUAUGGUACAGUCACACUACAGUUAGCGGUUUCAAAGGUCAUGACAGGUUUCACUUUGUUCUCAGUGAUGGGGAAAACACAACACCUCCACACAGUUUCUUCAUCUCGGUCCGCAUUGUUCAAAAGGGUGACAUUGCUCUAAUCACUAAACCUGUGACCUUGAUGGAGGGAGAGAGAGUCAUUCUGACCACUGACAUUCUGAUGGCCACAGACAGUGGAAGCGAGCCAGAUGAGCUCUUAUACACUGUAUCAGUCCCACCUGAACAUGGUCACCUACACAUGGUCCAAAGUCCAGGGGUUCCAGUGCUCUCCUUCUCCCAGAUGGAUGUGGCUGCCAACCGGGUAUGCUACACUCAUGACAACAGCCGUUUUGCUGACCGUGAUUCUUUCAGCUUUGCUGUUACCAAUGGUGUGACAUCCAGAAGUGCUACCAUUCAUUUCACUGUGGAACACAGUGACCGUAUCCCACCAACCCUGACUAACAACAAAGGCCUUGAGCUCACAGAGGGCUCUAUGAAGACCAUUUCCACUGAUGAUCUGAAACUGACUGAUCCAGACACAGCUCUGGAGAAUCUCACCUACGUCGUUAUUCAAAGCCCACAAUAUGGAAAGUUGCUCUUGAAAGGAUUACCCAUCUCUAAGCCUCGUUUCACGCAACUGGACAUCAACAAUAUGGAUCUAGCUUACCAUCAUCUGAAUGGACAGGCCAAGAUCGACAGGUUCACCUUUCAGCCUACUGAUGGAACUAACGGAGGUUAUUUGGAGUAUGGACAGCUGAAGAGAGAACCUGCUGUUUUUACCAUACAGAUAGAGGUAUUGGACAAGACCCCACCCAGUAUUAUAAACAAAGGGAUUCCAAGUACUGUGGAGAAUCUUCUGGACGGCAAACAGGGCAUCUACAUCACCUCCAAAGAGCUGCGCGCCUCAGAUCCAGACAGUCCCGACGACACACUCGAGUUCACCAUCACGAGGUCUCCACACUUCGGUUACCUUGAAAAUGUCCUCACAGGUGCCUAUAUCAAAGGACGCUUUACCCAGAAGGAUCUGGAGCAGAAAGCAGUGCGCUACGUCAUUCCUGCAGAUAUGGAAGUGACAGCAGACAGCUUUGAGUUCCAAGUCACAGAUCCCGCUGGAAACACCAUGCUUCCUGAAGUGAUGGAGUUCAGGUGGUCUCGCGUGGAGCUGUCAGCUUCCUGUUAUCGUGUUUGUGAGAAUGCAGGAGCUCUAGCUGUGCAGGUGGUGCGCAGUGGGAACAGCAAAGAUCCGGCGUACAUCGGCAUACAGGUGGAAGAAGGAACAGCCAAAGUGGGGAAAGACUUCACUCACAGUUCUGCCAACCUUAUACAGUUUGAUCCAGGUGUAAAUGUCAAAAUGUGGAACAUUUACCUCAAAGAUGACGGACUAGAAGAGAACCAUGAGAAAUUUGAUGUAGUUCUGAAGACCCCAAAAAAUGCUGUUUUGGGACAGAGGAACAAAGCCACAGUUGAGAUUGUGGAUCCUAGAAAUGGCAGGUGUAAUCCAGAUGAGCUUAUUGUUGAAGAAGAUGAGAAGCAACAUCCUUUCCAAAGCCCACCACACGUCCCAGAGCCUGAAUCGCCCUUACUUGAGGAAUACACUCCAGACCCAAGAACAGGAAUCCUUUGGGAGAAUUAUCCGCCAAGAGGGGACGUCCCGUAUCGCACACACUUCAGCCAUUACAGCGAUGGAGAACAUCAGGACCACGAGAUCUUUCACAGUCCGGGCCAAAGACAGCUGAGGAUUCUGGGUAGAAACAGGCACAGAGGACAUCUGUCAGAGGUGGACAACAGAAAUCAAGAAAGAGUGUGGAGAUUUCAUGGACUGAUUCCAGUGAGAGUGGAGGAGAAGGCCCCAGCACCUCGUGUCCACUCUGAACUGGAGAUCACUCCCAUCUGGACCUGGCCUGGAUACUCUGCUGACGCUGAAUCAGUAGAAACUCCCCAGCGUGACUCAGCCUCUUUUAUAAUUGAUUCAGGAGUACAACAACACAAGUCUCAGAAGUCUGUUAGUAUUGGCUGUCCUAAUGGCUGGACUCACUACCGGAGGAACUGCUAUAUUUUGGGGCCUGGUAUUGCAAGCUGGAGCAGCGCACAACAUGCUUGCAUGCUGCUUGAAAGCGAAUUGGUUAGUAUCCACUCCAAGACUGAUAUGAAGUGGAUGUGGAAGUUUGCUGGAAAGCAAUCAUUCUGGAUUGGGCUGACUGGCGGUCCAAAACAGUGGUCGUGGACAGAUGGAAAACUGCUGACGUUCUCCAAACUCAGGAAGGAUCACGAGGAGCACGCCAGCGCUGCUGCCAGCUGUGUUUUAGCUCAGAGCCAGAAGAUAUGGAUUCCUAAAAGUUGCAUCGAUGGAUCCGAACACAGAUACAUUUGUUCAGCACCUGCACAAAUCAGUUAAAUAAGAUAUUUAAUUUAUAAUGCUCUUGUUUUUUAAUGAUUUAAAAUACAUUGUAGCCAUCGAAGUGCUGAAUAAUUAUAUUGCAGCGCACAAUGACAUGCUAUCUUGGGUUAUUAAUAUAAAUACAAUUAAUAUCAAAUAA